UCGCAUCAACACAGAGGAAGCCAGUGCUAAAAGACAUUAAGGGGCUCUCUGUCGUUUGAGAAAACGAUCGUCCAUGGAGAUGCGAAGGUAAAGGUGAUGUAGGUUGCAAGGACAGGAUCAAGGACAAGGAUAACGUCGGCAACGACAAUAUAUACAAUAGCCAGCAGCAGGAAUAAUUGAACCGAUCAUGCUUCCGGGCCAACCGCCUCCACCGCCGCAAGAGAAUAGUGUCGACGAAGUGCCUCCGCCUCCGCCUCCGUCUGUCGAGCCAUCCUCACAUCCACCGCCUCUUCCAGAUAGUAAAGAUACGAGAGCGUUGGAAUCAGCAUCCCAGUCUCUGAAAUUUCCAUCCGAUAACGUGGCUUCCUGUUCUAUUGGAUCAUCGGAGUCAAAUCGACCGCGCAGGAAACGGCGCUUUUCGCCCUCUGCCCAAGACCCUCCGCCUGGAUCUGCUCAAGGGAAAACAUCAGCAGAUAUUGGCUCAGGAGCAGCACAUCAGCACAGAGCCAGUAGAUCGGAUGUAACUUCCUCCUCUUCUGCAAAGGCACUUCGUGACCCAGCAUCGGAUAAAACGAUAUCAGCUUCAUCUUCGCCCUCGUCGUCAAAAUCAAAAGCACCUCUCACUGCCAAUCAAUGGGAAGACACUGCCUUCGUAGGCGACGCGAGCGGGGCAAAGAGGAUGAAAUUUCUAAGACUAAGUAACACAAUAAUGAUUUUGGCCCAAGCUGAACAUGCUCUUUCAAGUACAUUUUGUUCUAAUGAUCCUCAUGCUUGUCAAUUUAGUGGGCCUAGGGAAAACGGGUACGAUUACCAGCAAGCCCGAGAGCCCAGAAGAGGCAUCACGAGAAGCGGCAAGACGACAGCAACAGAUGUCCAGCAUGGAGAGACAAUAUGAGCAAGGAAGGAGGCAGAGGCAUCGCUUUAAUUAGCCCUAUCAUUGCGGAAUAGUUUCGCUCCGCUGUCCUUUACAUUUAGUAUUCUGCACGGUCAAGAUGGACUUCAUAAAUGCGUGUGUAUAUUU